UCCUCUUAUUCCUGACUCUUAACGUUCCACCUUCACUGCCGAUUGUUGGUUUGCUGCUCGCCGAACAGUCGCAAUGUCGAAGAAAAGAGGUCUUUCAUUGGAAGAGAAGCGUGAGAGAAUGCUCCAAGUCUUUUACGAGUCACAAGACUUCUUCCUGCUUAAGGAGCUUGAGAAGUUAGGUCCCAAGAAAGGUGUCAUCACUCAGUCCGUGAAGGAUGUCAUCCAAAGUUUAGUGGACGAUGACCUUGUUUCAAAAGAUAAGAUAGGAACUUCUGUAUACUUUUGGAGUCUUCCAAGCUGUGCAGGAAAUCAGCUUAGGAAUGUUUACCACAAACUUGAAUCUGAACUCAAAAGCAACAAGAAGCGGUAUGUUGAACUUGCUGAUCAAUGUGAGGUGCUAAAGAAAGGACGAGAGGAAUCUGACGAACGAGAGGAGGCCUUAGCGGAUCUAAAAGCCAUUGAGCUGAAGCAUAAUGAGUUGAAGGAAGAGUUGGGAAAGUAUGCAGACAAUGAUCCAGCUGCCGUUGAAGCAAUGAAGGAAGCAAUUGAAGUUGCCCAUGUAGCAGCCAACAGAUGGACAGACAACACUUUCACCCUGAAGCAAUGGUGCUCAAACAACUUCCCCCAGGCCAAGGAGCAGCUUGAAAACGUGUAUAAGGAGAUUGGGAUAACAGAUGAUUUUGACUAUUUGGAGCUAGCACCCCUUCCCCUCAGGGCUGUUGGUGAUUUGGAACUUUGAACCAAGAUGAAGGCCACUUAUUGCUCGUGUCUCUAAGUUACCGAUCUUCAUAAAGUAAAGCUGAUUAUCAUGAUUUCCUAUGGGAUCUUCAAACAAAAAACAGUGGCAUGCUAUUUUCUCUUCCCCACAUCCCUAACUUCAUCAAAGUCUCAAGGAUAGCGUAAUCAGUUCAAAAGAAGAAGCAAGAGUUUCUUUAAGCGAAAAUAUAUCAAGAGGUUUUAAGAAUAUAUAGGAUUUAGGAUUUAAUUGAAGUGUUUAUUGUGCUUACCUAAUAGUAUUUACUGUCUUGUUUUUGUUCCCUUUAACCGCGGCCGCCACUUUCAUGAGGUUUAUGACCAUCCUGUUUGGAGGAUGCGGGUAUUUGUUUGUGUGAAUUGUGUUCACGCUCUGGUCAUGAUUACAAUUUUGAGUAGAGUUUUAAUAUCCUUAGUGGCCCGAGUUCUUUA